AUGAUUUGGUUGUGAAGCGGGUGGGACGAUUUACAACAGUAAAGAGAACUUCCAGAUUGCGAUGAUACCUCAGCCCAUAAUUUGUGCGUUGCGCAGUAGUGUAACGUGUUGGCGACAACGAAGUGUUUUGGAAACGGCUUUGCGACUAAAGGCCUUGGGUUUUCGAACAGUGUGCUUUCGGUCUACCUUUGCCCCUGGCCCUGUCACAUCCAUGGAGGAAAUACUGACAAGGGUUGUUAUACCGUUACCUACAUACGAGACGAGAGAGAAGUCACCCCCUCCCCCUGAAUCGAACAGUGUGGAAUUUAUGCAUUUUUACAAAAGCUUAGAAAAAGAAGAGAAAUCACAAUUACUGGCAAAGCUGUCACUUGAUUUUGGUGUGGACCACAAAGGAGUUUCAGAGUUAGCUGGGAAGCUGUCCGACACUCAGCAAAGGGACUUGGCUACAAUACUGCAAGUAGAAGACAGACUGCGAUACAGUCUGACUCCUCGAUAUAAACAGUUGCUUAACCAUAUAAGCCGGGUCGAGGGUGGAGUGAAGUUUCUGGUGGACCUACGUGCCGAUCUUCUUGAAAUGAUAUCGUCUAAGACAAACGACAGCCCUCAUAUUCGGGACCUGAACGGCACUCUGAAGAGUCUGCUGUCUGAGUGGUUCUCUGUAGGCCUGCUGCGCCUGGAGAGGAUCACAUGGCAGUCCCCCUGCGAGAUACUGCAGAAGAUUAGCCAGUAUGAGGCUGUCCACCCUGUGAGGAACUGGACCGAUAUAAAGCGUAGGGUGGGGCCUUACCGUCGUUGCUAUGCUUUCACCCAUGCUGCGAUGCCAGGGGAGCCAUUAGUCGUUCUGCAUGUGGCCCUCACAGAGAGCAUCUCUGAUAACAUACAGAGUAUCGUGAGAGAGUUUGUUACCCUGGACUCGGAGGAGGAUGUGAACAAAGUCUACACGGCAGUGUUCUACUCCAUCUCCUCCACACAGGCCGGCCUACAGGGGGUGGACCUGGGGAACGUCCUCAUCAAGAGAGUGGUGCGGGAGCUGCAGAGUGAGUUUCCCCACAUGUCCCAGUUCUCCAGCCUGUCUCCCAUCCCAGGCUUCUCCUCCUGGCUUCUGGGCCUGCUCAGCCAGCACCGGAAAGAGGGCCGCAUGGAACUACUAACUGACCAUGAGUGGAGGGAGGUAGCAGACAUCACGAACACAACCAGUACCAACACCCUGGAUGCCCUGCGAAAGCUGAUCAGUACUGGUGAGUGGACCCGCUCCGAACGCCUGGUCCACGUCCUGGAGGGCCCCUUCAUGCGCCUCUGUGCCUGGUACCUCUACGGAGAGAAGAGGCGUGGCUACGCCCUGAACCCUGUGGCCAACUUCCACCUGCAGAACGGCGCCACCAUGUGGAGGCUGAACUGGCAUGCAGACACCAGCCCACGUGGAGUGGCCAACUCCUGUGGCAUCAUGGUGAAUUACAGAUACUUCCUGCAGGACACCCUGUCAAACAGUGCUGCCUACAUGCACAACAAAAGCAUCACAGCCACAGAGCAAGUGCUGGGCUUGGUCUCACAGUUUAAGAAGAACAGCAAACUCUGAGCUCCAUGGACACUGAGGGUACUGUACACACACAAUAAUAACAGAGCAAGCCCUUUUCCUAACCACAAAACCAUGUGAGGACUUAUUUGUCAGGUAUUAUUAUCUUUGUGGGGACAUCUGAUAUCCACAUGUAUCAUUAGACAUGGACCACACAAACACACACACACACACACAGAUAAACUUGGUAUCAAAGAAACUAGGUUUAGGGCUGGCUGACUUCAUGGCUCUGAUUUGUUUUGCCCAAACAAAACACUUUGAAAUGAACAAAGGCAACUGAUAUUGUUCCACAAAGUGUCCCAAUGCUUUCAUUUUGCAUUCUGGUGCAUGGAUUUUCCUCUCCCCUUCUUUCCCGGGGUGGGUCUGUGGUGUUAUGAUCUCUGAGUGAUACUCCUGUUGUUUUAUGGUGUGAGAGAUUGUAGCUAAUGAAGCGAGAGACAUUUAUCAGGCCGUGCCAUGUUUCUGCCUGACAGUGUGUGUGAUGUUGUAGCACGCCAAAUAGGCUGCAAAGCUACUGGAAUAAAUUAUGUUUUGAUUCUUUCA